CAGAAAUCCCCAUUUCUGACCACCUGUGUGACUUGCAGCCACCGCCCCGGCUUUCAGGUGGGCCGCAUCACCCGGGGCGGUCAGCACCUGUCGCCCCGGCCACAUAAGCAGGGCGAGGGGGCAGACGAGCCCCCUAGGGCCCAGCAUAGAGCGGAACGAGGUGGAGACCUUUCAUCCACCAUGGCAUCAAGGCUUGUUCCAAAAGUGAAUUCCAAAGAGGGAGAAUUUCAGUGCCAGGAGAAACACGCAGUUCUGCUUAGCCCCGUGGGAAGGCUGGAGAUAUCUGGGUGUGAAACAGGCUUACAUGAAAUAAAACUUCCAAAAAUGAGUGUGCUGCCAAGUGGCAGGGCAGAGGCAGCCGCUUGGGAGGUGUGCGAAGGCGCGGAGGAGAUGACGGAGCCACUGAAGCAGUGCACAGCCUGGCUGCACGCCUACUUCUGCCAGCCGGCGAGGAUGGCGAGCCUUCCCCUGCCGGCCUUCCACCACCCGCUGCUCCAGAGAGAUUCCUUCACCGGACAAGUGUUGCGGACCCUGUUGAGAGACGUGAAGUUUGGAGAGGCCGUUUCCUACAAGCGGUUAGCGGAGCUGGCGGGCAACAGCAGAGCGGCGAGAGCGGUGGGAGGAGCCAUGAGGAGCAACCCCAUCCCGAUUAUAAUCCCGUGCCACAGGGUGAUUUGCAGCAGUGGGCGGAGCGGCCACUACGGAGGAGGAAACCUUAUGAAAGAGUGGCUUUUGUCGCACGAGAAGCUCCAGAAGGAGAAGAUCGCAUAUUGAUGCGGCUCAGCCACAGCUGCUAACCAGCCCAGACGCACCGCCGCCGCCACUUGGCUUAUAACAAGCUCUCCGAGCACCCAGCAGAAUUCAGGAAAAUGGUAAAUAUUUGAGUGACACAGAAAUAUAAUGCAACAUCCGAAGUGAAAUGUGUGGUGGCACCACUAUAUUAAAAAAGCGGGAUGCGUCCUGGGGGAUGCAGCUCGUCUGCCCUUUCUUGUUUUUACAUUUUACAGCAGAAUGACUGCAGCCGUCCAGGCCUGUUGUGCAUGGAUUUUUGUUCCCAUCCCCAGUCCUGUUUUGUUCUAUUUUUAAUGUCCAUUAAAGCAGGGAUAAGGGGGUGGGAGGGACGUCGCGAAUGCUCGUCCCUGCCCCGCCGAGCUGGGAUUUACCCCGACGGGAGGUGACGGAACGCGCCGGGAUGGAUGCAAAAGCCAGCGGCUGUUCAGCUGCUUCUUCCCGGCUUUUCUUUUCAAUUCCUAAAGACGGGAAUCAAAUUUUUGCCCCUGUGAGUGGCGCGAAAAGCGGCCAAGAGAAGCUGCUGGCAAGUUGUAUGAAAACUAUAUUUUAAAUAAGCAGUUUGAUUAGCGCGAGUUGGGCGAAAUCUUGACAAGCUCACCGUAGUUGCCUCUUUAUCAGCAGCACGUUUCCUUUCGUCCUUUGAUUAUUUUUUUUCCUUUAGAUUUUUCGCGUUUCUCUGUUAGGCGAAGCUUUGUUUCCCGUAGCCUCUCCGUAGAAAGGAUUCGAGUGUUGAAGAGAUGUUAAAGCCAAGUUUGGAGGUGGUUUAAGCAGGGUUCUCUGCAAGUGCGAGCCACCAGGAGCUGAAAUUUUCAGUAUGGGAAUCGUAAAUUCUAACAUGGAAAUACUGAUUUUUUUAUGUGUUUUAUCAUAUUUUCAUAGAUGUCUCUUUAGAAAGGCCGCUGCUAACCGAGAAAUUAUUGUGUUACGAUGCGUUAGUUAAUAUAGCAUUAUUGAUAUCUCGGAAUUACUUCAAUAAAAA